AGGGACGGACUGACAACUCAUGUGGCCCCCGGGCAAUAGGGGAUCAUGGGGCCCCUAUGUCCUUGCCCAAACUCAAAAAAGCCUAUGAAAAAGGUACCAGGGGCAUCUCAUGAGGCGCCCUACUGACCCCGGGCCCUUGGGCAGUACCCGAGUUUCCAAAUGGCCAGUCCGCUCUUGUACAAGGAUCAGGAACAAGGCUCAGGCAGUGACACAGCUUGCAGGAAAAUACUGAAGCCCUGAACCUCAGUUGUGGGUGGGCUUGUAUACCUCCCAGCAGUCAACAUC